AUGACAGAAAAGAGAAAGCGUGGAAAUUUAUCUACAAGAGGUAGUAUUGAUGCAGCUGAUAAAGAAUUUGAAUGUGAAGCAUGCGGUAAAAAAUAUGCUAGAUAUCCUUCCCUAUAUACACACAUUAAGCUUAAACAUGAGCGUAAAGUUGGUUUAAAAACAGUAGUUCCUGAGUUAAAACCAAAGUUGAAUAGAAAUCGUGAAAUAGCAUCAGAUGUGCCAAUUGUCGAUAUAAAUCCUGAUACCCUUAACUUAUUUUGUUAGGUUUAAUUCCUUGAUUUGUUUAAAGAAAUAAAGGAACUAGCAGCAACCAAUGAUAGUAUUUGGCAAUUUAUAAGAAGUGAAAAGGAAGAUAUAACUUAAGUAAACGAAGAAUUUUUGGAAAGAGGAUCUACAGAAAAUCUAUCGUAUAUUUGGAUAAGCUGGCAAGCAUACUAGAACGUUUGGCCACCAAAAAUGGAUUUAUAAGAAUUGAGAAAUUCAGGUUAAGAUAUUGAUGAAAUUUUUAAUGAAUCUUCAAAAAAGCACUAUAGAGACUUCUUUAUUAUCAUUAAAGAGCUUUUAAAACCAAUCAGUUAAGACUUUUCAAUGGAGAUGUGUUAUCUAUUUGAUAAGAUAAUUUAAUUAUCAUAAACUCAUGCUAAUCGCUCAACAUUUAAAGACGACAUUGAAUAAAAUAUUAGUUUAUAUUACAAAGAUAAUGCAAAUUUACUUUUCAGACAGCUUAAAUCUAUUCCUGAAGGAACACGUGAAUAGUUCUUCUAAAAGCUCUCUAAAAAUAUAGCAGGAUUAUUCAAAUGA